AUGGAUCAACAGGAGCACCAGAGGUCACCGACAGAGAAAUCACGACCAAAAGGUCAGUUGGAAAAGUUUCAAGUCGAAUACAUCAAACGUUCCAAAUACGACCUAGAUCGUCAGGAAGUGCUCUAUGAAAUCAAAUGGUUGGGUUAUCGAGAUGCCGAAAACACCUGGGAACCGAGAGAAAAUCUUCUCCCUGACUGCUUGAUUAACCUGUUUGUCCAUCAUUACCUCAUCGGAUCGACGCCGCUUCCAUUCCACAAGCCUCCUCGAUACACAACUCGACAGCCUCCGACGCAACCUACCAACGAGCCCAGCGGCUUGGUGGAAAGAAUUAUCAAUAAUGACAACUUCUCCCUCCAUGUCGAUUGGAUGAGCCAGGUUCUUCAAACGGACUGGGAGCAAGAGGUGGUAGAAGUAGAAGAUCUACACUUCUCAAGUUCUGGAGAACCUGUAGCUGUCGCGAAGACCAGCAAUGGGCAGAGACAUAUCUUGACCACCGAAUGGCUGGCGCUCCACUGUCCGCUGAAAAUGUUGAGGUUUUACGAGACGAAUGGGACCUUUUAA